ACUCGACCAUUUUGGAGAUGAAAACAUAGUGAAGGAAAUUCGAAAUCACUUCGCCAAAACAAGCCACUUUCAAAGAGUUACGAGCAUAUUUGGUUGUAUGAACCUACAUUCUUCUUCCUGAAUAAUCUAGAGAUCAUGACGAGCCAGAUGGAAAAACAUCUUUUUAAUUUAAAGUUUGCAGCAAAGGAUUUAGAAAGAAAAUCCAAGAAGUGUGAAAAAGAAGAAAAAGCGGAAAAAUUAAAGUUAAAAAAGGCCAUCCAAAAAGGGAAUUUAGAGGGAGCCAAAAUACAUGCAGAAAAUGCCAUACGACAAAAGAAUCAGGCUCUGAAUUUUAUGCGAAUGAGUUCCAGAAUAGAUGCCACGGCAUCACGAGUUCAGAGUGCUGUUACUAUGAAACAGGUGACAGGCUCAAUGGCAGGUGUAGUGAAAUCAAUGGAUUCAGCAAUGAGAUCCAUGAAUUUAGAAAAGGUGUCUGCUCUGAUGGACAAGUUUGAACAGCAGUUUGAGCAUCUGGAUGUUCAGUCAAGUUAUAUGGAGACUGCAAUGAGUGACACCACAACGCUGACAGUGCCACAGGGACAAGUUGAUAGUCUUAUGCAGCAGGUUGCUGAUGAAGCAGGCUUGGAACUCAACAUGGAACUACCAGCUGGACAACAGAGUCAGCCAAUUGGUUCAGCUUCAUCUGCCUCUGCAGAACAGGAUGAGUUGUCACAGAGGCUGGCUAAACUACGACAAUCUUAGGAUGUACAUACGUGAACAAGUCAUCAAAGAUGACCUUUGUCUGGAAGUAUAUAAGUGAUUUCAGGGCUCAACACUAACAUUCAACUUACUCGCCAAGUUGCUAGUGACAUCUUAGAUGUCAUGACAAUUUCAGUUUGUUUACAAGCCAAACUGGCUAGUGGAAAUAAAAAACCACCAGCCAAAACUGAAUUUCUACUAGUCUGUGGCUAGUUGGCUACUGUUAGUGUUGAGCCCUCCAUAAAAAACUUCAGCUUUGUACCGUUUUAUGAACUAAAGCUUAACAUUUGGUCUUUAACUUAAGUUGCACAAUGUACCUCUUGUUGAGUACACAAACACUAGCAAUCAUAGUUGUAUUCCACUGUCAAAUUUACAGAUCUUCUAAGUGUACUUUUGAUGUGAAAUUUGUUUCUUCUUGUUCUUAACAGUCUUUAUUUCAAAGCUGAUUCUAGAUUUUUACAUUAACCAAAGGUUUUCCAAGUUUCUCUCAAAACAGCUGUUGAUUGGCAGGCAUCUGCACAGCUGAUGGUCCUGUGAUCUUGUGUUAUGAACAGAACUGUGAGACUUCUCCAGACAAGUUUUUCCAAAAUUAUGAAGUUUUAACUAUCAAAUUGAUGAUUGACUUCUGUUCUAGAAAGCUGAUAAGUUUUCCACAUAAUUCCACAUAAUUGUUUUUUUUUGUGGGGAAGGAAUUAUUAAUGAAAUAUUUGUUGAGCUGCUUUGGUAUGCACUUUUCAAGAGAAGACAGUUCUUCUCUCCCAUGUCUUUCUGGGCCUGGUUGUUCAAAGGUUAGUUAACAACUAUUCACCAAAGUGGAGGUGGUUAGCGGUGGAUGUGUACCGAGCCGCGA